ACCGAAUCCCCCCAAUGAUGAAUCGAAAAUGUGAAACCUUGGUCAGAAAUGGAGAACAACGGUAAUGCCGAAGGCUCUUCCUUGUUCUGAGGGCUCAUGUGUUGAUUAGCCGAAGGCUUGCUGUUGAUGUCCUGGGGGCGUCGAAGGGGAGCCCCUCAAUCCGGGGAUCGAGGGCCUGCCAGAUGAGGGCAGCAGUGGAGUUGUUACCGGGGGGUCCACUGUUUGUUGAUUAGUUGGUGAUGAAGAUACCUGAGGGCUCCCAUUACCUGUGUGCCAUGGGUCACCCGUCAAUGAGGCAACUCCCCGGGGGCUACCCGGUUUUGCAGUGCUGAGGGGGAAUCCCCGAGGGGUGCCCUGAUAUGAAGCCUUGAGUUUCUGAAGGGGUGAUCCCGAAGGCAUCUGCUAUGGGCUGUGUGGGGCACAACCCGGGGGCGUCUCUGGGUAAGUGUACCCGGAGGCUCUCCUUGAUGUAGCGGAGUGCAGUAGAAAACCCGGGGGCUUCCAGAAUAUAGCCGUUGGAAAUAUAGCCGUUGGAAUACGUAACGUCAGGAUAUAGCCGUUGGGGGGGACACGUGGUGCGUGAUGGCUGGCUGUCCGUGGGCGGCAUCACUGGUUGGAUGAGGACGCGGUGUGUAAUGAUGGCGGUCCAUCCGGAGGCCCGGAAUCCAAGCCCAAGCCCGGAUUCCAUCGCCUAUAAAUACCCCAAGGCCAGGGCCAUUCCCCGCUGUGCGAACUCAGUGUAGCGAAGCUCUGGCAAAAAUUCUAGAGAGAGAAACUCCAGCCUUCGGUAACAACUCAGCUUUCAAGGUCAGUUCCCCCCCGCCUUUCUCCUUCUAGUUUAGCUGUGCCUUGUGCCCCUAGGUUAGGAGAUAGAAUUUCCUAGGAAACCUUAGUUUUCCCGAGCCUUCGAAUUAGUGAGCAGAUGUCAUCACAGAGCGACUCCCAGGAUAUCUCGGGGGAGCCUUCGGUAGAGAUGGAGACAUGCUCAGAUGUGGAGUCUUCGAGCGUGGAGUCCUCGGCAGGUGGUGAUGCCGCAGUGGCCAUGGAAGUGGAGAAGGACCUCCAGGCCGAAGUCGAAGCCGAGGGCUUCGAGCAAGAAAACGAGGAUGAAGAGCUUGCCCUCGCCGUGCAAACCGCCGAGCAGGAAGAGGAGAGGGAGAGGCUGAAGGUGACGGUUGCCAUUCCUCCCCCCCGGGGUGCCGGGGAAGCCAGCUCCUCCCGGCCAUUGGACCCGACGCCCAUAAGUGUGGCUCCCGGGAAGAAAAACAAGACGAAGGCGGCCCUGAGGAAGAAGCAAGCGGCAGUGGAUGCCGGGCGGCCGGUGGGCAUACCCGAGGGCCAUUCGUUCUUGAAUACUGCCGCUCUAGAGCUGAAGACGAAGGCGUCCCCGGCAGAAUACCAGUCCACCCAGAUGCUGGUUGGACCUUCGGCGCGCGUGGUGGAGCCAAGGGCGGAUGAUUUGCUGCGAUAUGCGCCCGAGGGGUGCUUUGCUGCUCACACCCUCUCGGUGGAGAUGGGGCUUCGGUUCCCGCUCCAUCCUUUUCUCUUGGAGUAUCUGAGAUUUGUGGGGUUGGCCCCUUGCCAGCUAACGCCCAACAGCCACUCCUAUGUGGCCGGCUUCCUCUCCUUGUGUCAGAGCCGGAGGGUCGAGCCCACACUUGAUCAAUUCUUCAUGUCCUUCAACCUUUGCCGGGGGGACAUUCAAAUGCUGAGGGCUUUGCCAACCUUCAGCAGGUACCGGAGUUCCGGCUUUUUGAUGAUGUGCCCUCGUCUCACAAGGGGUGGAAAGAGAGGUUCUGCUACAUCCGCCUCGAGGAGAACCCCUUCCCGGCCCAGCUCCGUAAUAGCUUCCGGCGCCAUCCGAAGGUGGGGAGCGCAGCUUUGGAGAAGAACGGCAAAGUGCUUGCCAAGAAGCCGGAGGGGUCCGACAAGCAUGUCAAGAUCAGAGAAGUCACCCUUCCGGAGGAUUUGCUUAGCCUGGGCUUCCGGUAGUUCAGGCCGAGGGGCUCUUCGGAUGAGAGAUACCCUCCCCUCGAUAGGGUCUUCGAAGGCGCCGGAGGUAACAAUAUGGACGUUGGUUCCCUCUUCGCUUUAAAAAACGCGAAAGGGAAGAAGAAGGCCCCGGCGGGCGCUUCUGCCAGGGAGGGGCCCUCUCAAACUGCUGGCGCUGCUGCUGGCGCCGGAGGGUCCAAGGGUGCUGGGCCCGUCAAAAAGAAGAUUGCUGGAAAGGGGACCGAGCCCCCGGCCAAGAAGCCGAAGACCACCGCCCCUACCAAACAACCGAUCACCGAUGUGGUGGUGAUUGUGGACGAAGGGCACGCUUCUGCCUCCACCCCCCAGGAACAAAUCAAUCAGGAGUUCUUUGGGCGGGAGAGGUUGGAGGCAUUAGUACCGAAGGGGGCCUCCGUGUUGGAGGGCAGUUUGAACCCUUCGGCUCUGAUGAGCCAGAUGCUGCCGUCGGCCGACCGACUGGCCCUUGCCCGGCUGGACGAGGGAUCCCUCGAGGCGAAGGUCCUCCUGAAUGCUGCCUCCACUUUUAUGGGCCUCUGCGAGCACCUCCGAAGGGUGGAUCAAAUGAGGGAGGCCAAGGGUGCCGCCGAGGGGGAGGCCGCCCUCCUCAGGAAGAAGCUUGCUGAAGCCGAGGACUCUCUCCGUCUGGCCACCGACGGCAUGGAGCAGAGGGUGCAGGCUGCAAGGGCCGAAGGGGUCAAUGAGGGGCUAGCCAGGGCCGGGGAGGCCGCCGCCGAGGCCGCCCGUAUUGCUGCCGAUGAAGCCUGCGCGGCUCAAGAAGAGGCCGUCUCCAAGGCCCGAGAGGAUGCGGUGACCAGCUUCACGGCUGAAGGGUGGAAGGCCGAAGACCGGAGGGAGUGGCUCGCUUCGGUGGUGGGGGCUUCAGUAGACGAGUGGGUCGGGGGCCCCGGAAAGAUGUGAAUUGCUGAGAGGGGCGACUCGUACUACCAAGGCGGGGAGUUCUUCACCCAACGCCUCAUCUACCGGAAGCUUGCGAAGCACUUUCAGGUGGCACCGGAGGAGUUCCGUCCCGAGGCUUAUGGCCUCCCCCCCCCCCCCCCCCCCCCCCGCCAGCCAGAUGUCAGGAUCCCACUCCCCGAGGGGGAAGAGAGACCGGUUCUUGAAGACUCGGAGACCCUCCGGGAGUGCGGCCUUGGCGGUGAAGAGGAUGAAGCCGAGAGCGAGGCGAUAUCUACAGUCCCC